GAGGACGGAGAGGAAGAAGAGGAUCUCACCAGGAGAGAAACAGUUUAACCGAGAGAGAAAAAAAAGCUGCUGGAGGAGAAAAGCUUUUGGACACCAGAGAAGAAGAGGAAGUGAAUAUUUCCUGUGGGAUCUUAAAUCAUUUUUGAAAUUAUUUUUGGCGAUGGAGAGCGUACGCGCCGCGGUCUACCUGUCCGUCUGUCUGUCCGUGCUGACAUCCCUCUGUCAGGGUCAGAGGUCAGCCGACAACCAGCUGCCGUCUGCACCAGACGAACCAGUCCUCGGACUCACAACUAAAGAGCUGGCUGAAGCUCUGCAGGGUCUCCUGGAUGAAGCCGACAGCAGCGUCGGUCUCUCCGUGGAGAAGAAAGCCAGCGUCAUCCCCCGGUGUGAUGUGGGGGAGCGCUGCGCAAUGAAACAUGGACCUCGCAUCGGUCGACUGUGCGACUGUCUGAGAGGAACAGCCUGCAACACCUUCUUCCUGCGCUGCUACUGAACAUACAAAUACACACACACACACACACACACACACACACACACACACAGCUUGGAGUUCUUUACUUGUGAGGACAUGAGCAUCCCGUCUCCGACCUUCACCCCAAAAAUGAAGCUCAAACAGAGUCAAUGUCCUCACAAGAAUAGAAGAACAGGAACACACACACCUGUCUCACCUGUCUCAGCUGUCUCACCUGGACAUCUCUCAGCAUGUUUAAGUGUUUGUUUUAAGGUUUCGAUGUCUGUCCCUCAGAUUCAUUUAUUUUUGUUAAAUAAAGAUUCUUCAUAAAGCU